AUGGCUGCUGGAACCACAGGCCCCUUGAGGAGGAGGGGUCCAGCGGAGAGGCAACAGCAACCCCGCAGGCCCAGCCACCGAGGAGUGAGCCCCCAGGCGUGCACCCAAGCUCAUCUCUCCAAGCUGUCCCCCUCACCAGUGAAAGCCUUGGUUAACGUGUAUCCUGUGGUGUGGAACUUCUUGUGGAGACUAUUUGCAAGAGAUGCCUACUGCUGUGCUCAACAAGGAAAGAAGAAAACCCUCCAGAGGAGAGAUUUGGAUAAUGCAAUAGACGCUGUGUGGAAGAAUUUGAUUUUCUGGGAAGUACUUUAA